AUCGCCCGUGUGACGGUCACAAACAUGGCGUUGCGGGAGCUAUCGUCGCUGGAGAAAUACCUGGGACAAAAAAAGGCAAACAAGUACAGUACACAGGGGAAUAAAAAGGUACCUGUGCUACAGAAUAAUAAUGGUCCUCCGCUGGUGGGGUUGGUGACCAUCGCCUGUCACCUGGCGAAAGAGGCCAAGCGCCCAGAGCUGCUGGGUGACACUGCAGAGAGCAGAGCGGUGGUGCAGCAGUGGCUCGAGUACCGAGUGACGAAGCUCGACAGCUGCACAAAGGAAGACAUCAAGACCGUCCUGAAGGAGCUCAACCUCUACCUGCAAGACAAGGUCUAUCUGGCUGGGAACCAGUUCACCUUAGCUGAUGUUUUUAUGUACUAUGGAAUCCAUCCACUCAUAGUGGACUUGGCCAUCCAGGACAGGGAGCAGUAUGUGAAUGUUACUCGUUGGUUCGACCACAUCCAGCACUACCCCGGCGUCCGACACCACCUCCCUCCAGUAGUUGUGCUCAGGAACAGAAUUUACACCGGCAGACUCCACUGAGACCCGGCCGCCACCCCCAGCUCAGCCGGGCUCACUCAUCACUGUCCUGCUGUUCUUUGGGCUAAACCUGGGCAGCUCAUGUCCUACGCAGACUGUGUCACAUCCCCAUCAUAACCUCCGUACUGUCACACUGAUCUGCUGCUUUCCGGAUCGUUACUCUCGCCUUCAUGUUUUCUUCUAGUCACAAACCUGGACUCAGGUCUUUGGUUAUCUGGGUAGAGAAUAAAAAGGAAAAACGUUUUAGUGUGCUAGGUACUAUUAAGGGAAUAAUUGUAUUAAAAAUGUAAUUCAGCUCGCAUUCUUUCACACAAGGUUACCAUUUUUAAUAAAUAUAUUGCCUGAUUGAGUAGGAUUUUUGUUUUAGCAAAGGGUUAGGGAGGAAAGAAAGAAGGGCGUCUGUCACUAUAGCCCGUUAGUGAUCGAGUAAGGCUAACACUAUACGGAGUCCGGCACCUUAAUGCUUCUUCAGUGAUAAAGAUGAUCUGUGUUUUUGACUUUGGGAAGUCUUGCAGGGUUCUGCGGGUUACAGUAAAGUGCUGCUAGCUUGGCAAAAAGGUGUUUCUAUUUAUGAAUGAUUCUUUGUUUAAUCUGAGCCUUGAACAUGUGAUGAGUAUUACAGUUUCAAAGAAGAUUUAAGAUGUUACUUAACUGGAAGCACGUUGUGUCCUUGGGGAAAUGCAGCUUCCUCCAUCCGACCUCGGUGCUCUCACUCAUAGUUUGUUCCAGUUUAUGAUGCUGCAUGUUCCACAGUAUUACCUUUUUCCUGUCCCAUAGUAGCUGAUACUAUUUAGUUAGGAUUUAGUUUUUCACAUGCGUUGAACGGACAGUUUAGUUUCUGUGUGUUUGUGUGCGUGUUUUUUGUUCUUUUCCUGAUUACAUCCCCGCUCCGUGUUCCACUUCCUCACCACCAGCUGUGUGGGCAGCAGUGAGCAGUUGAGCGUCAGCCCCAGAGUCAGAGAUCAGAGUGAGGCUCCAAUCAGUCCCACUACCACCACUGUUGAUGCUGCAGGCCAGAGAGAGGGCAGCGGGCUCACCAGCUGCCACACAGAUCCAGCCAGCCAAGGCCAGAACCCAGGCCCCUGGGCGACAGUCAGCCACUGUGUGUCAUUUCAACCCUCACGCUCCCAUGGGGCUACUGAAGAGAGAAGGACGAAGGGAGGCAGAGAGUGAGCGAGGGAGGAAGGCAGAGAGGCCACACAGAGAAAAAGAGCACCCAGGGGCAGAGGGAUCUUUUUGUGACAUGUGAACAAUAAUCAGUGCCUCCGAAAGCCUUACUGCUGCUGACUGGCUGUUUGCUGUUAGCACCAUUUACAGGCCAAACCACGGCGCUGUCGGCCUAACCUGUGUAUUUACCAUCAUGAAGGUAUGAUAAAUGUGGAAUCACUGAAGGAGAACGAGGUAGGGUUAGCGGAGUAACUCAUUAGAACGUCACCGUUUUCAUUGAUUCCUAUUAUAACCUGUUUACACUUAAACCUUUCAUGAUGGGACUGACAACUUCAUGUAAUAUUCAGUAUCUUAACCACUCUCUAUUUAAAUGUUGACAUUUCAGUCAUGUUUUUUUAAUUCCCUCAUGCCUGCAUGUCCCACACAUCACCUGUUGCUUAAAGCUCAGUGGUUUGUCAUCCGGUGUAACCACAACGCUCACCCUGUGCCAAUAAAUCAGCGGGAUCCGCAGCUCAUGACCCCUGA